AUGGAUAUUGGAGAGGAGGGGGGAAAGGGGAGAGAGGCGCAGUUGUUAUGUUUUUGUGAUCCUUUGUCGUGUUUCCUCCUAGAAGUUAAGGCUGCUAAUUUAAACUCAAUCAGCAUUUUUAUCGCGAAACGUAAUGCGUUUCAUGAUAGUAUUCGACUCGAUUAUGUAGAGUUGGUAUCAGUGGCUUUCAUCGGGGGUGCGAUUGAGAUCCGCUCAGAAACAAAUAGUCAGAACAAAAAGCACAUAAUUGAAGCGAUACCAGUUUGUGUUAAUCCCUACCACUAUGAGCGAGUAGUUCCUCCUGGGAUUGGAUCUUUAGAUUUGUCAAAGCUGAAAAUUGAGCAGCGUUCGUCUCAAGAGGAUCCUCUUUCGCCUAGUCGAGAAGAUUCGCCAAAGGCACCAAUGCGACCUUCGGAUGGAAAUGAUGGGGUAGCACAAAAACUUGCUUAUGCUUCUACUUCAUACACUCCUCCAAAUGUACGACUUCCUGCCUGUACAGAUUCUCAUUCUGGACCACAGUUAAUGGAAACUCAGACCACAACGGCGUCUUGGUAUCCUGUAAUGGAUCGACCGUCGCAAAUAUCUUUGCCUCUUACGCUUCACCCUUCUUUUCAAAAUGAGGCUGGGAACGUUUCAUGUGUGCCUGGUACUGUUGACCCAAGGAGCUGUCCUGUCACCCCUCAUGAACCUGUUGUUACAACUCCGCCAGUUCUGUUCAAUCCAGGGAUGCCGUCAUUUGACGCGCUCUUGAAAGAAAAUGAACUAAUGUUUCAUCAUCAAAUUACGAUUAGAGAUUAUCCUUUAUCGGAGCUGAACAAGGUGAAGUUGGGUUCUCUUUCUAUGGAACUGCAUCUGACUAAUUCAAACCAAAUACGACCAUUGAUGCCUUCCUCAUUUCCAAAUUUUUACGGAAUGGAACCUCAGGUGGGUAUGAUGGAACUGAAAAAUAUUAGUUUAAAUGUAGACGACUUUUCGGCACAACCGCCUCCAACUCAUUGGUGUAUGAUUUCUUACCAUGAACACACUACAAAAGUCGGAAAAACUUUUUUGGCUGACACUUCUAAGGUUUUUGUUGAUGGUGGCUUCGACGAUACAAUACCCGGCCGUUUUUGUUUGAAUACUUUACCAAAUCUAGAAAGGCCUACAGUUGUAGAGAGAGUCAGAGGAUCACUCGCAAAAGGUAUUGUUUUGGAAUUAAAAGAUAAUGGAGACGUUUAUAUGCAGAACCUUCUAGAGAAGAACUCAGUAUUUGCACAGAGCAGUUUCUUAACUCUUAAUUCUCCGAACAAGGCAUCUGGAUGCGAUAUAUACAGGGUAUUACCUGCUGCUGAGUUGAAAGUCUUUGAUCUGCAGUAUUGUAUCAGUCAAUUGUUGGCUUGGAGAGACCAGCAAAUAGUGGCAAACGAUGCUGAAAAUGUACUUCAGUUAAGUGAAGAAAGCAGACGCAAAAUAUUAGACGUAGGAGUCGAUGUUCUACAGGGUUUAUGCACUGUAACAAUUUCAUUUAUCAAAGGGUUUGGAGCAGACUAUGACAGAAAAACUGUUGAAGAGUGCCCUUGCUGGAUUGAGAUUAAGAUUUGCAGGUUGUUUUCCACUCUCAAAACGUCAGUUCAUGUGAAAAAAUUACUGCUUAAAAGUCACGGAAAGGUGAAUGGAUGUUUAGUGGAUUGUUCUGGAGGGUUAGGAAUAUUGUGUCAUUUGACGGUUUCUGGUGGGAAAUCAGUACGCUCAAGUGAAGGCUGGAAAAUUUCUAACUAA